AUGUCGCACCGCCGCAAGCACGUGCACGCGCUCGCGAACGAGCUCGCGGUGACGCUCGAGGACGGCGACGUCGUGUGCCGCGUCACGGCGGUGUGCGGCGCCAACUUGGUCGAGGUCGAGCGCGGCGACGACGACGCGGGCGGCACGACGCUCGUGCGCGUGCCGAAUAAGUUUAAAAAGCUCGCGUGGUUCCGCGCCGGGACGCACGUGGUGGCGAGGUUCGUGGACGCGCGCGAGCUCGAGGGACGGGACGACGUCAAGGUGACGGGCGAGCUGCGGCGGGUGCUGUACGCGGAACAAGUGAAGGAGAUGCGACGAAGGGACGACGGGACGUGGCCGAAAGCGUUCGAGAGCGAAGAACGCGGGACGGGGUGCGCGCUGCGCGAGCUCGCGGGAGCGCUGGAGGAGGACGAGGCGCGGGCGCGCGCGACGGCUCGGGACGGCGGCGAGGCGCGCGACGGCUCGGCGGACGAAGACGACGACGAGGGCUCGGACGACGGGUUACCGCCGCUCGUGGCGAAUAGAAACCGACGACGGGUGCGCACGUACGUCGAUAGCGAUGAAAGUAGCGAUAGCGAUUAG